CUCCUGGGUAAGAUCGUGGCGCACAGGCGGAUGCCUCACGGACGAGAUCAUUUGAAGUUGUCCCGACGUCCAUGAACAUCAACCGUCCGAAGCCAGCCAAAGGCUUGACUAUGGGCACCUUCUUCGGUGCGUUCGGGUCGCCGAUCCGAACGUCGUACAUGGAUCAAGCAGCCCCAAACAACCGUGACCAACAUAACCUUAGUCCGGCGCGGAAACCACGGGCCCGGUCUGCAUCCGACGAAGUUAGCGGAAACGACUUGACCAACCCCGAUGAACUAAAAAAUAACACCGUUGCCACCGGCGAUGACGACGACGCAGAUAUUGCUGACGACGUCGCAACGAUUCGCCUUGAUCGGACGCAAGCUGCGCCAUCUCCCAUGGAGCGCCGCGACGACUACCCACCUGAGCAUGCAGCCCCCAAGGUACCUCAAAUUCAACUUGACGUGGCCAAAAAGGCCAAGAUUCCACUCUUUCUCAAGUCGCCAUUCUACGCCGCCGCGCAACCUGCGCCUCCUGCAGCCGUAGCAGCUCCUGCACCGGCCCCUGCGCUGGCCGCAGUUCCCGUGCGUGCCAAUGCGCAGCCGGUGCCGGUUGGUCGAGCGACCUUAUCUCGACAUAUCAACUUUACCGACGUCAAGUUGGGCCGUGUGAUCGGCGAAGGUGCGUUCGGCAAAGUCCACGAAGGCAAGUGGCGUGACCGGCCCGUUGCUGUCAAGCUGCUCAUUUGCCAGGAUCUGCGGGCGGACAUUCUCGAAGAAUUUCAGUCGGAAGUGGAAAUCAUGAGUGUGCUGCGGCACCCCAACAUUUGCCGUCUCCUUGGCGCGUGCAUGGACCCACCAAACCGAUGUCUUGUCGUGGAGCUGCUGCCACGUGGGUCACUCUGGGGAGUUUUGCGCACUAGUCGCUCCAUUGACGAAGCGAGGCGUAUUGGGUUCAUCAACGACACGGCCAAGGGCAUGAGCUACCUGCACAACUUCCAGCCGCCGAUUUUGCACCGCGAUUUGAAGUCGCCUAACUUGCUCGUGGACUGCCACUACGCAAUCAAGAUCUCGGACUUUGGUCUGUCCCGCGUCAAGGCGCAUGUCCAGACCAUGACUGGCAACUGCGGCACCGUGCAAUGGAUGGCGCCGGAGGUCCUCGGGAACCAAAAGUACACGGAGAAGGCAGACGUGUUUUCGUUUGGGAUUGUGAUUUGGGAAUGCGUCACGGGCGAGUGUCCGUACGACGGCAUGACUCAAAUUCAAGCGGCGCUCGGGGUACUCAAUCGUAAUCUCCGUCCGGUUGUGCCCAAGACGUGCCCGCCAUUCCUGGCGCAACUCAUGAAGGCGUGCUGGGCGCGACAACCAGAGCUACGUCCGUCGUUCUUGCAAAUUGUCAGCGCGCUCCGUGAUUACAGCAUUCGAAAGAGCAUGGGCGAGCAGCCCCACCAGCACAAGUAAUGAAAACGAUCGAAUCAUGUGCAUUAAG